AUGAUUUUUAGUUCCUGUAAAUCACCUGUGACGCGUAAGGUGGAUCCCCGGGCUGCUCUGCGUGCCGCAGAGAGCAGCCUGUCAGUCCGCAGCACAGCACCACAGCAGAGGGAGCGGCACCAGUCUCCAGAGAUCCAGAGACACACUGAGGACGUUUCUGAGGACAAAGUUCAGCUGAGAGAAGAGGACGUGCUGCUGUCUCCCGUCUCUGAGAACCACCUGGGAUCGGUGAGUGAGGAGAACACAGGAAGUGAAGGACUGUGGAGGUUUGCUGUUUGGAGUGAGGUGCUGACCUUUGACCUCCUGCAGCUGCGGAGACAGACGGAGGACGAGCUCGGCAACUUACACACACAACUGUUUCAGAUCGAAGGUCGUCGGCAGCUUCUGACCUCUGAACUGUUUCAUCUUCACCAGAGGAAGAAACAGCUCGAACAGGAAGUGAACUCCAGGCGUCAGACGAGUUUCCACGUGUGCGCUUAUCGGGAGCUCCAGGCCUCCAUCACCGAGCGUCUGGUCCAAUCAGAGGAGCUGGUGUUCCAGGAGGAGGCUGUGAUCUCCCUCCGUCAGCUGCUGAGUGAAGACCUGCUCCGGUACCAGGAAGAGAGCGAGAGACUGAGACUCUUCACCCAGAAGAUCCUCAGACUGUCCCUCAGGUCGGACGGAGAAGAAACGUUUCCUAACAGACGGAGCGACCGCUGCAUGCAGGGAAAGACCCAAGAAAACAACAUGCAAACAGCACUUAGUCGUCAGCAGAACACCAACGAAGAAGAAGCCGCGCACAUCUGGAAAACCAAUUAUAAGAAACCGGCUGCGAGUUCGUCCCGUAGCUCAAACCUGCGCCGAGCCGGCAGCGUCAAGGACCUGAUCGGUAGAUUCUCCGGUUCGGAUCUCGUGUCUCCGACCGGUUCUCUCGCUUUCGGAAUCGGAGAAACUCCGAAGUCUGAGGAAACGUUCAAGUCGACGCUGUCCACGUCCCCCCCGUCCCUCCCGGCAGAGGAGGGUCCGGUUCCCGGCAUCACCGUGAUUCCUCCUCCGCUCGGAGAGACCCGUCAGAACGAGGCUCCGCCCACCACCACCACCACUAACCAGACCACUGCCAGAACUGAUCGUCCAGUAGGAGGCAGCGCUGAGAAAACCGACUCGCAAGCAACCGCCAAAACACAAACCGUAGACUCCGGUCGGGCCUCGGUGGCGGACUCUGGAAUGGGAUCGGAAUCUGAGUUCGAUUCCAACAAGCAGCUGGAGGACGAGCCCACCACGCCCAAACCUGUGAGCGCCAGCCAGAACCCCAAGUACCAGCUGUACCUCAACAACGACCUGAAGACCAACGGGAUAAGCAGCCGGGAGGCCGACGCCCCGGGGGGGGGCAAGGCCACCGAGGAGAACGGCCCCAGGAUGUCCCGGUGGGAGGGCUCCCGUCUGGGGACCAACACAAACCCGAACCAGUACCGGGGGUCCCUGGAGUCCCUGGCCUCCCGGGAGUGGGACAAUACGUCCGACAGGCUGGGUGUUGUUGACAGCCCCCCCCGAGUGUUCAACAGCCCGUACACCUCGACCGCCUCCAUGGAUUACAACGCCCCCAAUUACCAUCGCAUGUCCGAGUUCAAGGCUCCCAGCGGCCUGUCUCCUGCCACCUCCGAGAUGAACCUGUACAGCUUCAACAGCCGCAGCACCAGCCCGGUGGGGGUCACCGCCCCUCGGUCUCGAUUCUCCGCCUACGAAACGCUGGUGAAGAGACGGGCCGAGGUCAACCACAACCACAACCACGUGCCUCAGGUGAUGCCGGGUCAACACUACAGCCUCCGCUCCAACACGCUGGGAGCCAACAACAAGAAGGACUUCAUCGAGGAACUGACCAAGCAGCUGGAGGAGUGUCAGAGGCGUAACCAGUUCCUGGAGGCAGAGAGUGUGGAGAUGGAAAAGGAGAGAAACCAGAUCAGGUUUGAGAUGCGCGGCUUCCUGGUGAACAACGAGGAUCUCCUGCGCACCAACACUCAGCUGACCAACGAGAUGAAGAGGAUGAGGGAGCAGAUGAUCGAGAUGGAGAGAGAGAGCCAGUCGACAGGAGAGAAAUACAGAGAGAUGGAGAUCGAGGUGCGGCAGGCGCGGGACAUGAUGGUGGAGGCCAACACGCAGGAGUACGCCUUCAACUUCCUCCAGCAGUCGCUCAAAAACCGGAUCAAGGACGCUGAGGAGAACCUGGAGAACCAGACGCAGCACGCCAAGACCCUGGGGGAGAAGCUGUGGUUGGCCGAGAGACAACUGGAGGAGCACGAGGUGGACAAGGACUCGAAGGACAAGAGGACGUCUGAGCUCAACAGCAGCCUCCUCAGGCUGGAGGAGGAGCUGAACGAGGCGCUGCAGGUGUCGUCUCAGGCCUCGGCCGAGGUCAACCUGCACCAGAAGCUGCGUGACGACGCCCACAUGCGUGUGGACGAGCUGGAGGAGUCUCUGCUGGAGAAGGACCAGGAGCUGCUGCGGCUGCAGAACCUCGUGGGCCGCCUGCAGGGGGAGGUUUCUGGGAAGCUGAUCGAUAAGGAGCGGACCCUGGAGGAGGAGAUCCAGCUGAGGGAGCGGAUCCAGCUGCAGUGCAAACAGGCGGAGAGGUCGGUGGACGACCUGCACAUGGAGCUGCAGGGGACCCAGCAGGCCAGAGACGACCUGGCCAAGCAACUCAAACAGGCUCAGGAGAAGAUGAUCGACCUGGAGAGCGACCUGGAGGAGCUGCAGGACAGCGAGCAGAGAUGGGCGGCCAAACACAAGAGGGCCAUCGAGCAGACGGAGCAGCUGCAGCUGAAGGUGAUUCAGGAGAAAGAGCUGAACGACCAACUGGAAACUGAGAAGGUCGCCAUGGAGAGACAGCUGCGUCAGCUGCGUCUGGAGGUGGACGAGCUGCAGAGCUCCAGGGUCCAGGAGGACGUGGUGUCCCGAGCGGAGAGUCGAGCCAAAGAGCUGGAGAACCUGCUGAGGACCGAGGAGAGGAACAAAGCUGUUCUGACAAACACAAUCAGCAAAAUGGAGCGAAGAACCAACGAGCUGAGUGAUCAGAUGGAGGAGGAGCACAGGAUAGCUAAUGAGCAGAAAGACCUGAUGAACCAGAGGAUCCGCUCCCUGAAGCGUCAGCUGAACGAGUCGGAGGAGGAGGCGAGCAGGAAGGAGGCGCAGUACCGCCACACCCAGAGAGAGCUGGCCGAGGAGCGGGAGACGAGCGGCCGGCUGCAGAGGCAGCUGCUCGACCAGCACCUGCAGAUGAAACGUAAAGAGUCUCUGAACAUCCGUCAGACUCUGGACAACCUGAGGUUGGACCUGAGCGUGGACGAUGAAGACGAUGAGAUGCCGCUGGCGCCGCCGCCGCCGCCGCCACAGGAGCAAACAGAAAACGUCACCAAAGUCUGAAGCCUGCGAACAUUCACUCGGCACAAAACUCAUCUGUAUAUUUAUAUAUAUAUGUUACUAUUUUAAAGCAGAAAAACUACAACGUCUUCACACUGACAGUGAAGUUAGGAAGCGUUUGUUUUGCCACCACCAGUCGUCCAAAUGAAAAAAUACAAUCUCAGCUUUGUUCUAAAAAGUCCCAAAAUUCCACCUGGAUGUUUUCCAUUUGUUUGCUCUUAUGUUCUGAAAGCUGAAGGUGUUAACUCAUGUUUUAGUUUUAAUUCAAACAGUCAUUUACUAAUAUUUCACUUGGAAUCAUCCUGGUGUUUUGGUUCUGAUAAUAGUUUAAAUAGAGGAAACAUUCAAGUUUCUACGAGUUGAUUUUCCCUCUGAAAGUUCUGCUGAGUUUCAACAUGUAAAUUACAUUUAUAAUACAUCAAUUUGUGAUGUUUCCUGAUUUGUAUAUUCCUAAACUAGAUUUUUUAAAUUAUCAGUAUAACAUUACAGCCAAAGAAUUUAUUCGGAAAUGAAGGAUCUUAAUUAUCCAUCGCCCCCUCCUGGCGACAGCAGGAACACAUUUUAUCCACAUUAAAAACUCGACUGGUGGAUUCACGACUUCACUGAAACUCGAUUUAACUUUCAACCAUGAAGUCAAAUGAAAGUUGUGUUUUCUUCUCAGUCAUGAUCGGAUCUUUAUAAAAAUAAAAUUAUUAUAAAGAUGUUUUUAUCAAAACAUCAGAUGAAUUAUUGCUCGCUAGAAAAUUCUGCUGCAUUUUUCUUUUUCAUAUUUUCUAGAUCGUCGCUGACAGUUGUCUCAGAAUGAGGGUUUUUCACGUUAGAGUUUAGUUCAACAUCUUCUGCAGUAUUUAAAUAUAUAUUAUUUUACAGGGUAAAAAAAACACAACAUGGAACAACUGGGUCGUUGUUUCAGAUUCACACACAGAAACUGUUCUGAGAUUAUUUAUAUGGAAUAUUUGUUUUGUGUUUUUUUUAUGAGAUUAUGAAGAUCCUUGGAUUUUCUGUAUUUGCUGUCGCUUGCCGGGAAAUAAUGAGUUUUACAGAAUGAGACGAUUUCAAAGUUCAGUUUCAGGUAUUUUCGGGGUUUUGUUAAUAUAUUAACAAAACUCACGAGCCUCCGUCGCAACGUAUCUGCUCACAAGACAAGAUUUGUAAGUAUUUUUAAGUAAAAUAGCUGAGAUAUUGUCCGUCUCCAACGUAAAUAAAUGUCUGGCUACAAGAUGUUUGUUAAAAAAAACCUGUAAGUGUCACAGAAACCAACAGGACUGGGUCAUCAGUUUUAUUCACAGGUUUUAGUUCUCGGAUUUAGAUUAUGGAUGUUUUUACAGUCCUCUGCAUGUUCCUUUUAGCUUUUAUAUCAUGUUAGAGACAUAGAGCUAAUAUUCAGAUUCUCUUUGAAUUCUCAUGUUUACACGUGAUGACGUAUUUUAAUGUUUAAACUGUCGGGAAUUUAAUUACUUCACAAAGUAUUUUUAUUUUUUUCCUUGAAUGAAAUUGGCAGCGUCGACAGAUAUGUAAAAAGAAAUGAAAUACACUGACUUAUUUUUGUAACUACACUUCACGCUCUACAGGUUCUACUGUUCUCGGGUAUUUAUGUUUGUUUCACACUGUCUCUUGUGGUGAGAAGUUUCCUAAACAAAAUGCUAAUAAAUCUUCUCCACUGUGAA